CGUAAAAAUACGUUCGAAAGCUACGUUUACAUCGCAUGACUAGUAAAGGCCGACUCCCACCACGCUGUGUAAUUUCAGUAAUUUGGACGGCGGAACGGAAUUCAUUUCUGUGUUCUUUUUAAAGAAUUGCGAGGCAAAGUCAGGUAAAGUGCAGCCAGUUAUUUGCAAUUUAAAGUUACGUCGCGCGUAUCUCAUCACAAAUCACAGCGAGACCAGAAUCUACCUAAAGAGGCGCAAUGACAUCGAUGCAAGACAGAAUGAAACUCAAACGUACCAACUCGAACUGCGACGCAUGGACCACGCGAGAACAACUGUGUCUUGCGUCAAGCGUACUGAAGUCUGGGGAUCAAAAUUGGAUGAGUGUGUCCAGGUCUAUGAGACCAUUUGUCGAGAAAGAAUUGCUAAGGCCUGCAGAUUGGUUCUCACAAAAGUCAUGCGCCAUGCAAUAUGCGCAUCUGCUGGAGAAUGCGGACACGCCGAAGAGGAAAAAACGGGAGAGCGGCGAGACCACCAGCGAGUCUGUAGUCCGAAAAUUAACUCAAGAAAGAAUGGCUGAGUUGGGUCAGACUCUGAUUCGUCAGAAGGAGGAAUAUCUGCGACUCAAAACGGAUAUAAAACAUCUCAAAUCCGGUACGAUAAGCGACGAGAAACUAGAGAAAAUGUGGCUUGAUAUACAGCAAGAGGAACGCGAAAUGGAGCAGAAGGCGCGGACUCACAUUGCGUGGCUGAAACGUCAGCAGCAACAGAAGCAGGAGAUAAGUUCACCGACUAUCUCGGUCGUAAACCAAACUCGCAAAGUGAUGGAAAGUACAACGGAGGUACAAGUGCAGGAACCCGCUACGAUGGAAUCGCCAGCAGAGAAUGACGAGGAAAAGAAGAGCAACAAGGGUGGCAGAUCUCCAUUGCUGACGAGUCUGCUGAAGUCUCCUAGCCCAACCACUCAAACUAUACAGUCCUUUCCAUCCACUCCUUCCGGUCAAGCGGGAACGCCAACCAUCACCAGUUUACUCGGAUCUAGUCCAAAGGCGUUAAACGCGCAACUGGCGCAGAACGUAUCGCCGCAGUUACAGCAGAUGGUUUCGACGGCAAUCGCCAGCGCGAAUGCAACACCGGAACGGCCGUCCGUUGGCGCUCCUACGCUCUCUAUGUUACUGGAAAUGCCAGCGAGCACGCAGAGAGGACCCUUGCCGAAUCUGCAAACAACUUCCACCACGAUCGUAUCCCAUGCGCAACAGACAACCACAACUGUGGCCGCCACUACGUCCGAGGUGCGCAAUUUCCAACAAGCGGCGCAAUCACAAGUCCAGGUGCAGCAGAUGGCUAUCCAGAAUGAGGCGACGGUGACGGCAACAGCGACGACGAUGUCGGCGAUUGCUUCAGCGACCGCCACCCCUCCGACAAACGUGCCCGUGGCAGAGAACAUGGUGCAGAUAAUUGACCACAUAGACGUGAUGCAAAAAGACAUAAUGGCGAACGUGAUGGAUAAAGACGAGAUAAACAAUAUCAUCCACGACAUCGAGGAAUUGAUUAAGCAAGAUAUCACUGCUAGCCCACAGACACUCGACACAAGCAGUUCGACGCCGACAACGACAACAACGACGACAGCAACGGUUAUCGGUGGUCUCGCGAGUACGUCUCAGCAAGCAACGGAAAUACCGAUAGCAGCAACAACAGUACCAAAACCGCAACCAAGGGAUGUAGAUGAAGCCGUGUCACUCUCCGAUUCGCCGCAAAGCGAAAUGGCGAUCGAGGAGAUUGAUUCCAGUACCUCGAAUAUCGCCGAAAUUAUUGGAACCGUCGCCAUAGAUCCGCAGAAACCUAAAAUUAUUGUCACAGAGAUCAAAGAAGAUCAAAUUGUGUCAAACACUUCGGAAAUAAAAUCCGAGACCAGUACUUGCAAUAAGAAAACGAAUCUGACGGAGAAGCUUGUUUCGGAAGUAGAAAUCAACGUUGGUGAGGCCAGUAAAAACACUCCAACGGAAGAAAAACAAUUGGUUGAAACAAAAUCCAUGGACGCUCCGUCGAACGUAGAAACCGAGGAAAAUAGGUCUAAACUUCCGGUAGAAAAGAAGGAGACGGUAGACGAAGCCAUGGAGGUGAUAGAAGAAGACGAGGAGGAAGAAGAAACGGAAGUGGCUGCGCCUGAGGACAAAGAAUCAUCCGGUAGCGUUAAAGAACAGAAGGACCCUUCGGAAGACACUGAAGGUAAAGAUAAUGCGAGAUUAGAUCAAUUAGAAAUAUAUUUAACGAAAAUUACAGGGGAUCAGCAGGACGUGCCCUCUGCGGAAAUUGUCAGUGUCUCUUCGGAGGUAACGAACGAUAUACCCAGUGCCGAAGACACAGAAAAGUCGCAGGACAUCAGUUUGAUCCUGGAAGACGACGAGAGCAAUCAAAGUGCGGAGAGUAAGAAGAAAGCGGUAGCGGAGGAGCAGAUUAUCGAAAACACGGCCGAGAGUACGGAGUCCUUAGAAUCGUUCAAGGAGGAAUCAGUCCUGGUAAAAGAGAAGACUGUCGUGGAGACAAAAAAGGAAGAGUCUUCGGUAAAGUCACAGGCAGAGGGAGCGAAUGAGGAAACGGAGAUAUACACGGAUGAGUUUAAGAAGGAAGAAGUCAAGGAUUCCUCGGAGGAUACUACCAGUUCCAUUUUGCAGGACAUAGAAGUCAAAGAGGAGGAGGCUGGCAAAGAGUCAGCCGAUAGAAACGAGAAUAUCACGCGUGUGGCAACCACAGAGGAGACGAAAAGUAUCAAGAGCGAGCCAGUUGAAAUUGCGACAGCUGACGCGGAAAUGAGUAUUAAGAAAAUAGAGAAUGCGGAAGUCAAAGAAUUGAAAACCGAAACGGAACCGGAAACUAGCAGUUUGUUUCACGGAAAGAGCCCGCUUCGCGGUCUAUCGGAAGAAAACAAGAAAGAGAGUGUAGAGGUGAAGGAAGAAAAAGAGGAGAAAGAGGACGUCAAGAAGAAUGUGGAAGGCGAGCAAAGCGUAAAGAAGGAGACGGAAUUCACAGUCGGGGAAGAAUCCGGAGAAUUGGACGAGGAAGAGUCCUCGUUGAGCAAAUUGAGCAGCAAUCGGGCGAUGAAGACAUAUUCUAAAAAGCAAAACAUUGCCGUGGAUAGCGAGCCGGAGAACGAGAGUACCGGGGAGGGCGCGGAUUAUCGUGCCUGGAAAAAAUCAAUCCUGCUCGUCUACAAUCGGCUGGCCACACAUAAAUUCGCGUCGGUAUUUCUUAGGCCGAUUACAGAGGACCAUGCACCCGGAUAUCACUCGGUGAUCUUUCGACCAAUGGAUCUGUCGACUAUCAAAAAGAACAUCGACAACGGCACGAUCAGAUCGAACACGCACUUUCAGAGGGAUGUCAUGCUUAUGUUCCAGAAUGCGAUUAUGUACAACAAGCACAAUUCGGUUAUCUUUAAAAUGGCAGUCUCGAUGCAAAAGGAGUGUUUGCACGAAAUGCAGGUAAUGCAACAAGCAGCGGAAGAAGGAACGUCUCGGAGAGAAACUAGAACCGCAGCGAGCGGUAGCAACGAAGCGAACGAGAGCAGUCUUAAGCGGAAACGAAGUCACAUCACUCCGAGUCCCCACGAUACCGACAGUCCACGUUCGAAAAAACGCAGAAAAUCCGAGAAUGAUUAGACUAUUAACAAUACAGACUGUAUUGUAUGUACAGCAUUGUACAUACAUAUACAGAUGUAAAGAUACAUUCGUGCGUAAACGAUUGAAAGAUAUGAAUGUGGCGGAGGAAAAUAGAGACAUAUUUUUCAUUGAGGUAAAAUAUACGUACUGACGUUGUGUACGAAGUUGUAAACGAUACCCGAAGCCUACAAGGAAAGGUUAUGUGUGAUAAUUAUUGUAUAAUCAUUAUAUAAAAUUAAUUUAUCUCGUACUUUAUAAGGCUAAUUAUAUGGUACAUUUAUGAUAUUCAUGAACAAUUCUAAAACUUGCGAAAGAUUACGAAGUGAUGCUUUUUUCAAUUUAAUUUUCAAAUCUUUGACUCUUUAUCUUUGAUGUGUAAUAAAAAAUUAUAUAUUAAUAAAAAAAGAUAAAGAGAUA